AUGAAAAGAAAAGGAGUUGCUGGUGCAUCAAGGACAGGAGAUGAGGAAGAGCCAUUAUACCCUCCUGGAUUCACUCUACCUCAAGUUCAGGUUCAAGUUCCUCGGGACAAGUAUGAUCGACUUGAAGAGAGGCUUAAAGCGGUUGAAGGUAAUGACACUUAUGGGGUUAUUGACGCCAAUGAACUCAGCCUAGUGCCUGACUUGGUUAUCCCACCAAAAUUUAAGACCUCAAAUUUUGAGAAAUAUGAUGGGACAAAGUGUCCAUCUGCUCAUAUCACCAUGUUUUGUAGAAAGAUGAUGGGUCAUACCCAUAAUGACAAACUAUUGAUACAUUGUUUUCAUGAUAGUUUGACUGCCCCUGAUAGAUUGUCAUUACAAAAUAUGGAGAAAAAAUUGACGAAAACCUUUAAAGAAUACGCACAUCGAUGGAAAGAUGCAGCAGCCCAAGUCCAACCGCCACUGACUGAAAAAGAGAUAACUGUGCUAUUCGUCAAUACACUGAAGGCCCCGUAUUAUGACAGAUUGGUGGGAAAUACCACGAAAAACUUCUCUGACAUGGUAAUUUCAGGGGAGAUGAUAGAGAAUAUUAUCAAAAGUGGUAAAAUUGAAGGGUCUAAAAAGAAGACAGCUACCUUAAGGAAGAAAGAGCAGGAGACACAUGUUGUCACUCACACAAAUCCUUCACACCAUCCUUUUGUUUCGUAUAACCCAUACCCCCAUUACUACCCUACCACAAACCAAAUCUCUCAACAACCAUACCAUUACCGGGGACCCCAACAACCACUACCCAGAUCAAGUUUUAGCCUUCAACCAUCCAAUUACACCCUUGCACCUUCAGCUCGACCAUUUACUCGACCAACCUACCCAAAUAGCAAUCAAAGAAACUCACAGAAUAAUAACAAUCGGGAAAGACCUCAUUUUGAUCCCAUUCCCAUGACAUACACAGAUUUGUAUCCUCGACUUAUUGAGAAACAUCUAGUUGUUCCUAUUAUCAUUAAACCCUUGAAACCUCCGUUUCCCAAAUGGUAUGACCCCAAUGCACAUUGUGAUUAUCAUUAUAGGAAUCCAGGUCAUUCCAUUGAGCAUUGUACUGCUUUGAAGCGUAAAGUGCAAGGAUUAAUCAAUGAAGGAGUAUUAAAUUUUGAUACCAGCCAACAAGAAACUCCAAAUGUCAAUGGAAACCCUCUAUCAAAUCAUACUAGACCAUCAAUAAAUGCUUUGCCAAUAGAACCUCAAAAUUGCUCUAAAGUAAUUAACUCAACUGAAAGCUGCAAUUAUCAUAGAGGUGUUAUAGGGCAUUCUAUCAAGAAUUGUCACCAAUUCCAUCAAGAGGUGCAAAAAUUGAUGGAUGAAGGUCGAAUGAAGUUUUACCAAGAGAAAAAAGAGUUGGUGAAAGUUGAAGUGUCUACCAUUGAUUCAAAGAAUAAGUUUGGGCGUAGACCGAAAAAGAACGUCAUAAGCCAGUAUCUGAGAGUGAAGCAGCUUAACAAGAUGCCAACUAAAAUUUCGCUAUUGUCAUUAUUACUCAGUUUGGAGUCACACCGUAAUGCUUUGCAGAAGGUGUUAAAUCAAGCAUAUAUGUCUCACAUUACUUCUGUUGAAUAUAUCCAUAUGGCAGGUGCUGUCCCAUCUUCAUUACAUCAAAAAGUCAAAUUCAUUGUUAAAGGGAAGCUAACAUGUAUGGCAGGAGAAGAAGAUUUAUUGCUGAAAGAUCUAAAUUGUGUUCGCCACACUUAUCUACGACUACUAAAUGGUAGUCAAACAGCUUACCAAGAUGGGAUGAAGACCUGA